GCCGUGCGGCCAAUGGGAGCGCAGCAGGGCGGAGAGCCGCGGCACAUUGUACUACAGUGUAGUUCUGCCGCCAACAGUAGACGCGUCUCCCGCUCGGUCUGUCGCUAUUCAGCAUCUAAUGGUUAAUGGAUUAUACAGUUUCCAUCCAAGUGCAACAUCAGCUGGCGGUGUUCCCGACACACUUCUAUCAGGGCUACAGUGUGGAGUUACAGAUGAAGUCAACAGAGGUGGACCAAGGGCUUUUCACAGACAGCUACUGCAAAGUGUGCAGCGCUCAGCUCAUCUCCGAGUCCCAGAGGGUCGCCCAUUAUGAGAGUCGGAAACACGCCAACAAAGUGCGGCUGUAUUACAUGCUACAUCCUGUGGAUGGAGGCUGCCCUGCCAAGAAGCUCAGAACAGACAAUGGCAGCGACGAGGGCGAUGUGGACAAGAAUAAGUGCUGCACGCUGUGUAACAUGUCCUUCACCUCAGCAGUGGUGGCACAGUCACACUACCAGGGUAAAAUCCACGCCAAGAGGCUAAAACUGCUACUGGGGGAGCAGCCUGCCAUCACAACCAAAGAGGCUUCCCCCAGUCCUGUAAAGAGCUCCCCAGAAACAUCUCCGAUGACCUCCCCGCGACAGCGCCGCGACUCGGACCGCUACUGCCAGCUAUGCAACGCCUGGUUCAACAACCCUGGCAUGGCUCAGCAACAUUAUGAUGGCAAAAAGCACAAGAAGAAUGCUGCCAGAGCAGACCUGCUGGAGCAGCUGGGCAAGACCCUGGACAUGGGAGAGAUGAAAGGUCUGAAACGGAGCUAUACCUGUGAAGUCUGCAGCGUCACACUGAACUCGGUGGCACAGUACCAUGCACAUCUGCAGGGCUCAAAGCACCAAAACAAUCUGAAGAAUCAGAUAUGUGUCCAGUGAGCGUGGGACGAAGAUAAAAACCAGCUAUUGGAUUGAUGUCAGACAAGCUGUGGUCAGCUUGCCCUGCUUUUUCUGCCUCUGCCCUGCUUCUGCUCUCCUCCACUUCAUUUUGAUUCUCUCUCUCUCUCUCUUCUGUCUUUCAGUCUAUUUUGGCCACCCUGAGGGAGGAAAAUAAAGAGGGUUUUUUUGUAACACUCUAGCACUGCAUCAACUCUCUCACCUGUCGGUAUACAGUACAGUUUAAACAGUUUCUCCGCAUCACUGGCCACUCUUAAAUCAUUGACCUUUGACAUUCCACUGCAGCUGCGUACUGUGUUUUUUAUCCACUGACAGUCUGAGAGCAUCAAAGUGGAUCUGAUACACUGCAGAUUUUCUAAAAAUGCAUGGACUAAAUUAUACUUUAUUUUCCACAGGAUGCUAAGUACUGUAAGUGGAAUUUUGACUUGGGAAUGUGAGGGGUUUUAAUUUUUUUUGUUUGCUUUUACUUGAAUGAAACAGAGCAUAUUUAUUUGAAAUCAAAAGCUAUACAUUAUUUAGCAUUGUGGGCUUUAACUAUGAGUAAAUCAUUCUCUUUGCCCUCAGAUUCUGUACGGUACACACAGUGCAACUCAACUAUAAUGCUGUUAUUGCAUACAUGCUUGCAGUGGAGCUAAAUCCCCUUGCAGCUUAAAGGGGUUGAUGGCAAUAAUGACACUGGUUGGUUGGUUGUUAUAUGCUGUAAAGGUAUUAUCUUGUAUGGGCUGUACUGAACAGUAAAUGGCUUCUGUCUGUGGCAGUGCUUUAAGGAGACCAAUAGUAUUAAUGCUAAUACACAGGAACAGAAGAUCAUUUUUAAAGCUUUUAAAGGAUCAUUACGAUUUAACUUAGGUCUUAUUUUUGUAGUUUUAGCCCACAUUCUUAUCAGUAAUAAUAACAACAACUCAACCAAAUUAUUGUUGAGAUCUGGGAACGCUGCUAAAAAAAAAAAGGUCUGGCAAGGCAAGAAACACGAGCAGUCAAAUGAUCAGACAGGUUUUAAACAAACCCCAACUUAGCCCAACUUAUAUGGAAGAGAAAAUUAAGGCGAAUUGUGAUAUACUACCCAAACUCCAUCCAUACACCCAUUCAUUUUCUUAUAUGGGUUGCAGUUGCUGUGGCAGCAGGCUAUGCAAGGUACCCCAAAUAUGCUUCUCCCCAGCCCCCUGUUCUCCUGGUCCUCCUGGGGGCUAUGUAUUCCCUUCAGCGUUUUCUGGGUCUGCCCCAGGUUCUCCACCCAGUUGGACACCUUUCAACGUGAGGGGCAGAGGUUCCACUCCCAGCUCCUUCCAAAUGUCUGAGCUCCUCACCCCAUGUCUAAAGUGGGAAUUGAGCUUCUGCAAAGAUACAUGGAAACGUAACCCUAACCCCUACAAAAAGAAGGGUGUCAUGGGUAAAAAUGAGAUAAAGAAGGGAGGCGCCAACCCGUGCAUCGCCCAAUCUCAACAACCUCGCGAGCUGAUUGGUUGAUCCAACUCCUGUCGGGACGGGAGUCUGGAAAAAAAGCGUAAACACUAUAGUAGUUGUAAGUAUAAAUAUAAAAGAAACAGCCACAUGAACGUCUCCAGACCCCUGUUCACGUUCACCUGCAUGCAGCCCAACUACUUCACUUGUGGCAGUGACUUACCUCAACCCCGAAGGGAGCAGACCACCGUCAGAAUACCAUAGUUUUAAUCCACCAUAACCCGUCCAUAAGGCCACCCUAACAGACACUGUUUCCACCCAGACUGUCCAUUGUAAAUAUCCAUCAUGGUUUACAGACUGGCAAACAGUGUUUUCUGUGCAAUGAGGGAUUAUUACCGACAUUCUGGGUGUGCUCACCUUCGGUUUUACCUCCAAGUUAAGUGGUUUAGAAAAACUGAUUGUCUGACCGAUCAUGUUUCUUACCCCAAUUUGUUGUGUUGAGCAAUGGCUUUGUGCCCCCAGAUCUCAGCAAUUGCUUUGGUGAGGACAUUGUUAUCAUAACCAACAGAAACGAUGCCCAAUGCUACAAAAAUUAGACUCCAGUUGAAAUAAUUAGAUUCUUCCCAGUUUAAACAGAUAUUAGAAGACAUGAUCCCUUCCACAAAUAAAAAAUAGGAUUUUUCUUUUGCUGUGUAAUGCAGCAUAUACAGUUUACUGUAUGUGGUCAGUGUUAUAAGCGUAGAAAUACUUCCUCUGGUUAAGAUGCUUUCAUUUCGGUAUGGUCUUCAUCUCAGGGAGGUGUAACUGGUUGCUUUAGUGAAAUUUAACACGGCUGUUGAGAGUCGAACAUUCACAUGUACUGAAUCCAUUCCACUAUAGAGCCUUGUAGAAUGUGUUGGUAGAUAAGGUAAAAUGGACUGGACCAUGUAAUGGUUUCACAAAAAGAAUAUUGAUAUUGUGGAGUGUUUUAAAGGAUAAUUCAGCUUUUAUAUAUAUAUAUAUAUAUAUAUAUAUAUAUAGAUAUAUGUACAUAUGUACACAUAUAUAUCUUACUCGAAGCUAAUGUAGCAUUCUUCUUUCUUACAUGUCAUGUUAAGAAAUUAAAGAUGUUGACUUUAAAGACAGUGUUGUAUAAAUGAGAAGUAGAGAAGAAAUUAUAAUUGAAUAAUAUAUUACUGUUGUGGAUCAGGUUAAUUUGUAAUUGCUAUCUGUUUACAGUAUAAGUGAGUUCUUCUACUGUCAUUUUCAGUGCUGUGUCAACUGCAGAACUGUGUUUGAUCAAAUUGUAGCUUUGACUCUCGUUGUUAAAGCAUUUUAUUUUGCAGAGACCUAAGUUUAUUGACAGCUGAAAUCACUUGAACAUGGAGCUGGAGAUUUGUACUGUAGAGAAAGAGGGAAAAAAAUCAUCACAAAACAUCACGGACUGAAAACGAACUGUUGCUGGCUGAUGUCAGAGCCGCCAGCUGAUGUGUGAGACGCCACCGCCGACGACAUUAACAAUAAUUUAUAGAAAUGUGUUUUUUAAUAAUGGAAAUAAGAAGUGCACGUAUGAUUUGUUAUUGCAAGUCAACAAAAAAAAAAAUUCCACUGAAUUGCUUUGCUCAGCCUGAGUGAUAACAUUUCUGUCCAAACUUUGCUUUGGAUCAUUUCUCCUUCAUCACAGGAAGUCCACCUCUCAUACACCCUCUAGUCCCCUUGUGCUCUGGGUUAUGUGCUUUUGUGUCUGAGAAAUGAAUAAAAGGCACUUGCAACUACACAAA